UUGGAAAUGUUGAUGUUUUGGUAUCGUUGUACGGGUUAUGCGUUCUGUUUCUAGUUUACUGCAAUCAGUACUCAAGUGCCGGAGUAAAGCGGACGGAUUACAGCAAAAAUGAUUACCCUUUGCCGGUUUUGCCUGAACGACGACGAAAACAACCUUUGCCUUCUCACGGAAUCAGUAGAUUCUUUUGUAACGCUCGAGGAUUUGGAGCUGUUUACAGGAAUACGACUAAACGCGGAAGAGCUCGACGCCUACUCGGUUUGUUUCGAAUGUUCAAAGGAACUGAAAAGAUCAACUGCCUUUCGAGAUCUUUGUUCAAGCAAUGAUGCUCACUUCCGGCAACUCUGGACCAUGCAUUACGUUAAACUGGAACUGGAAUCCGUAGAAAUUGAAUUGGCGUCUCGUGGUUCGGAUGUGGACGAUGACAUCGAUGACACACUGCCAGUCGCACAAAACUCAUCUUCACCAACGGAUGAGUGGUACAUUGAAGAUGAGGGCGAUGAUUUUUGUUCCAUCCUUAGCGACGGCGAACAAAAUGAAGAAUCCCUACAAUAUUCCGACGAUACGCCGUUCGCAUUACCACCACAGCAAGAACUGGAACCGUCAAAUGUCUCAGGCGAUUAUAAAAACACCACGCGGUCUCGGAGUGGUAAAUCGCAACGACAACUUUGCAAUAUGUGUGGAAAGAUGGUGACAAACAUUAUGCUGCAUAUUUCAAGCCACAAGAAGGAGACCAACUACACCUGCCCGCACUGUCCUACGAAAAUGACCCAUCCCGCCAAUCUAAUGCGCCACAUUAAGGCGGUGCAUCUGAAAACGAUCGUUAAAACCUGUGACUUGUGUGGCAAAGGUUUCACGCACAAAAACACCUACAAAUCUCACUUGCGCUCGCAGCACGACAUUGGAGAGUCCUACCAGUGUCAAACGUGUUCGAAGCUGUUCAAAUAUCCUAACGGUCUGAGGGAUCAUAUGAAACGGUUUCACACCAGCGACAGCAAUUUUGAAUGUGCCCAAUGUGCCAAAAAGUUUACAACGAAGCAAGCAUUGAAGGCACACGAGAAUGUACACACCAACGAAAAGCUUUACUGCUGCAAACAUUGUCCGAAGCAAUUCAAAAGUAGAAGCUCUCGAAACACGCAUCAGCUUACGCACAGUGGCAUUGUUUUUAGCUGCAAGUACUGCGAUAAGACUUAUCGUUAUAAAACUUUGCUCAACAUACACGUGCGAAAAAAUCACCAAUUAAGCAUGAACGAGAGUGAACGGGAAGGCCGAUUAAACUGUCAACCCAUUUUGACAGCUCGUUUCAGCGGCAGCGUCGUUGUUUAUCAACAAAUAUAUGUUCAGUGCAAAAUGGAAGGCGUCCCGCCCGUAAUAUCGAAUAUUUGUCGGUUUUGUUUGAGCCAGAACGAGAAAAUGCUCGUACCACUUAGUAAAGCCGUCAAUGCUUCGCUAGAGCUAGAAGAUGUAGAACGGUUUACAGGUAUACAGAUUAAACCGGACAAAACAUCGUUGUACAUGAUGUGUCUCGAUUGUACGUGCAAGCUGAAAAAGUCGGCCGAUUUCCGGGACGCAUGUAUAAGCAAUGAUAUACUGUUCCAUGAGCUGUUUGCCAACGUAGAAUAUGAAUCAUCUGAUCAGUAUGAAAGUGUGCCCGGCGUAAAGGAGACUCAAUCCUUCGCUAUUGAGUUUGUUCUGCCACAAAACGAGCCCACCGAACAGAUGGAGCUGGAAGAGCAAAUAUUAGAAAUCGAUGAAAACGCGUCCAAUGAAGAGGACGAAGCAACAGACACUACGACGCAGCCACAGCUGAAAACACCCGCCGCAAGCUUUAGUAGCGACGAACAGAAUGAAGAGGACACUGCAGCCUCAUCUUCUGGAGAAACGAUCGAAGGAAAUCCAACGGUUACCAAGAGCACAAGUAAAAGUGUAAUGGAUUGGGACAAACCGGCUGCGAAUCGUUCGAGACCGCUCGGGCGGGUUAAGCAGCUUUGCGGUACCUGCGGUAAGAUGGUAAACAAUCUAUCGCGCCACAUGCAAAGCCACACGCUGGAAGUUAAACGUGGUUGUCCGCACUGUCCGGUAGAAAUGGUUGAUUAUUCGAAUCUUUUACGGCAUAUCGAAGCAGUUCACCUAAAGAAAAUAGUAAAAUCGUGUGAAAAAUGUGGCAAAGGGUUCACACACAACAAUACGUACAAGUCUCAUAUGCGUUCGCAGCACGGCAUCGGGGAAACGCAUAAGUGCUCGCAAUGUGAUAAACAAUUCAAUCACCCGGGAGGCUUACGGGACCAUUUCAAAAGAUUCCACAGCAAUGAAUUUAAUUUCAGCUGCAAGUCUUGCGACAAACAGUUUAAGCUCAAACAAGAGCUCAGGGUGCAUGAAAGAGUCCACUCUACAGAUAAACCUUAUGCAUGCAGCAUGUGUCCAAAGCGGUUCAAAAGCGGGUUUGCUAAAAAAACGCACGAAGUGACUCACAGUGGAACCGUGUUUGAAUGCACGCUCUGCAAAAAGGCGUAUCGCUACAAAGCGCUUCUCAGUAUGCACAUGAAAAAGAUGCAUUCGGGAGAAAAUUCAGAGACCGGAGAUUAAACAAACGAGAGACCACCGAAUGCAGAUUGUUUCGAUGUAAUGUUUAAAGGUAUAGCAACUUUUCGUAACAGUGCUGUAUUGUGUAGCGUAUUUUAAUAUGUUGUUUCGUUACAUGUGUAGUAAAAGGUUUUUUUGUGAACAUGCUGCAAACCAACGAAAGAACAAGAGAAAAACCAAUCAAACCAUCGCACGGUAUAAUGUGACAGUUUUACAAUUAGCAUGUUUUUUUUUGUGAAAUAAUUCAGCAAUUUGGCUAUAGCGUUAAUGUGUAAGAGUUCGAGGAUAAAGUAUCUUUGGUUGCAACUGAAAUAUUCAUAAUCAUUCACCAUCCACAUUCACCAAACAAGUAGCGCAUAUUUUCUAUUUCAUAAUUUCGUCGAUAUCCCACAAUGCUUUAUGUGUAGAAUCGUAAAGUGGCGCAAUCAUUUUUUUUUGCAAUAAAACCCUACAAGCGACCUGUGCUUCAAUACGCAGAUGAAAGUAAUUAUCUUCACGAACUUUAUGGCUUUGUAUCAAAUCCCGUGCGGAUCUCCAUGUACUCAGGACUGGCUAUCUAGCUAUAUAGGAGACCUCUUGAGGCAGUUGUAGCGCCAGCGAAGAAGAUCUUGUGUGUUCCCUAAAAUAUGUCAUAUUAGAAAAUAUUAUGCCCAUAAACGUUAAUGGAUUUAUUCUGCCUUAAGAAAAAACUAUUAAACCUCACAGAUUCCAUGGUCUUUUGUGGUCAAGCUCUUUUGCACUUUUCAUAAACAGAAGCUAUAAAUGGUAUCAAUCGAAAAAAAAAGUCAUGAGAACCCGUAGAUGAGUUGAAUAAAAGUAAAAUAAAAGUAACUCAUAGCUGCGUAGCCAA